CCUGCCUAUGUGAUGGCUUUGAAUUCAAAUUCUCUGUUAAAUAGUGUCACUAUGUGCAGGCUAUAACCCGUUUUAAAAAAUGCUGAAACAGCCUUAGARAGAAAGAAGAUUUAUAGAAAUUUAGGCGUCAGUCAAAAUAUUUUGAUCUAGGUGACAUAAUUAUGAUUGAAAUUAAAACAAUUUUCAGGAAAAUCAAAACGUYCAUAAACUGCAAUGCAUUGUGGACAGCCCUGAUCCUCUUGGUAUAUUUAUCAAAGUGCUUUAGUGAGAUUGCAAAUGAAAGUAGCGUUAAGCGGGACUUAACUGAACAUAUAUUAAAUUUAACAAAACUCCAUAAAGAAGCCAUGGAUGACAUAUCAGGCGAGAGCAUUAAAAGUUAUUUGGAGUAUUUCUCCAUGUCAGCACACUUUGGUGGUUCUGAUGAAUGCAUUAAACAAGGCCAAGAAAUCGAGACCCAGUUUCGUGGYUUUGGAUUUGAUAAAGUAGAAAUGAAGAAAUAUAACGUUCUUUUGUCAGUACCCACAAUGCCUGGUUCUGUUACCAUAAAUGACCAAUCAGGCACCGAGAUUUUUCGAACGAGUACGUUCGAAAAAGUUCUGGAACCAUCAGAGAAUAAUUCCGCAGUCACCMCUCCCUACAGUGGAUUUUCGCCUUCUGGAAAAGUGACGGGAAGGCUCGUGUAUGCGUACUUUGGCCGUGAACGAGAUUACGAAAAGCUAGCAGAGCAAGGSAUCAAUGUCACUGGAAAGAUAGUCAUCGUCAGAUACGGAAAUGGAGGGAGAGGAAAGAAAGUAGAUUGGGCAGAGGAUUAUGGCGCUCUUGGAGUGAUUAUAUAUGGUGACCCAAAAGACUUUGCGGUAGAAGGCAUAGAUAAAGUUUACCCUGACUACAAUUGGUUACCAAGCACUGCUGUAGCACGUGGUAGUGUUAAAAGAGCGAAGGGUGGAGGAGAUUUACUCACACCUCAAUUUCCUGCUAUAGAUGGCAUCUACCGUCGUUCUGUGACUUCUUUAUACGAUUUUCACUUAUUACCGAAGAUUCCUGUAUUUCCAAUAUCGUAUGGUGACGCUCAAAGGCUUUUGAGUACGUUGACUGGAAAGCUCCCAAGACCUUAUUGGAAAGGUGAUUUACCAAUCGACUAUGGCGUACAGACUGAUCCAAGUGAUACUAGAACGGUGACACUUGAAGUUAACACUCAAUUAAUAAGAAGAGACAUCUAUAAUGUGAUUGGUUACAUUAGAGGUCACGCGGAACCAGAUCACAUUGUUGUCGUKGGAAACCAUAGAGACGCAUGGGUUUACGGUGGYACGGACGCGGCGAGUGGGACGGCUGUUCUAAUGGAACUGGCUCGUGUUCUUGGUGAUCUUGUGAAAAAAGGUUGGAAGCCACGACGGACUAUCGUAUUUGGCAGCUGGGAUGCUGAAGAAGUUGGCGUCAUUGGAUCAACUGAAUGGGUCGAGGAACACUUAGAAAUUAUCAAGGCUCGUGUUAUAGCUUACAUGAAUGUGGACCAAGCAAUAGAUGGAAAUUACACUUUUAGAGCAAGAUCAUUCCCUAUCCUAGAACAGGUCGUMAUGGAAGCGGCGAAGAGGGUUAUUUCUCCUGAUGGAAAUGAGACUGUAUUUGAAGAGUGGAUUCGCAAGACUCCUARACGAAACGACCCGUCUUUACCAAAAAUUUUGAAGCUUGGGAUGGAUAGUGACUACGCUCCGUUCUAUAACUUGGCUGGUGUGCCUUGUCUUGAUGUGAGAUAUACGUACAAUCAUUCAUUCCUAGGAGAUCGUGGUAACCCACUCUAUCACACUCUACACGACACCUUUCAUCUGGUCGCUAAAUUAAUGGAUCCARCCUUCACGUACCACCAGGCUACUGCUCGAGUAAUGGGUCACGUGUUAUUCUUGCUUGCUGACUCGAGUAUUAUUCCCUUCAAUGGAAGUCAUUAUGCAUAUCGCAUUGGUCAGUUUCGUGAUAGUUUGGUGGACCUCGUGGGUGGUCAUCUUAUUGACAAUCGUAUUUCACUAGAUAGCCUGAAURUUGCUAUAAAAAAGUUUGCAGAKUCAGCAGAGGCGUUCCAAGAARUCAUAAAGCACACGAGUCCAAGUGAUACACAGAACAUCCUCCUCAUAAAUAGCCGCUUGAUUGCUUUGGAGAAAGCGUUUCUUUAUAACGGUGACGAUCCUAUCAUUCCUGAAGCUACAGCGAGAAAACAUUGUCUACUAAGCCGRACAAUCAAUGGAAAAUCUCACUAUUUUCCUGGAAUAACAGAUGCUGUUAGACGAGCCAGACAAGGCCUGGGACCAUGGGAAAAUGUCAAGAAACAAAUAUCCGUAGUAGUCUACUCGUUGUUAUCAGCGACGAAAUUGCUCAAUCUUUCUCCAAUAUAAAUCUUGAUAUCAUUUCUAUAUUUUCUCUUUCAAGUCGAGGUAUAAUAAACAGUAAGAUUUUGCUUAUAUUAUGCGAUGUAAUCCCUUUUCAAGUAAGCAAAAWCUCAUAAAGGGAUUCUGGUUGACAAUGUCGCGUCUUAACCACCCAACCCCAGGCAGGUGUUCUUUGUGUUGACCGAAUGUAAUUUAAAAGACGUUAAUUUUUCCCCAAAAUGCUCUGUUGCAUAAAAUGGAAUCUGAUACUGUCCAGAAUUAAUUGUUUUUUUGGCUCUUAAAAUUGGAAUUGUAAUAAUGCUAUAAAAUUUGGAGUGCAUUGAUAUUUCCAAAAAUGCGCAACUCACCUCCGUCUCAAGCAGCUAGACGAAGUGUUAAGAAAACUUGAGAAAAGCUGGAAAAGUAUCAGUUGUAAAUCAUUAUUUUGAAGAUCGAAUAGAACURGAAAAUUCUAAAUGUCUAGUUCAAACACUAACCUUUUUUACAACUUAACUUACUUCUAAAAUUUUGCCUGCCUGAUAUAUUAAUGAAUAAAUAUAUAGUCACCCAA